UACAUAGAGAAUAUGAAUAAUGUGACAGAGUUUGUUCUACUGGGGCUCACAGAGAAUCCAAAGAUGCAGAAAAUCAUAUUUGCUGUGUUUUUUGCCAUCUAUAUCAUUUCUAUGGUAGGAAAUGUGCUCAUCAUGGUCACCAUCACUGUCAGCCCAUCACUGAGGUCCCCCAUGUACUUUUUCCUGGCAUAUCUCUCCUUUAUUGAUGCCUGCUAUUCCUCUGUUAAUACCCCCAAACUGAUUGUAGAUUCACUCCAAGAAAAGAAGACCAUCCUAUUUAAUGGAUGUAUGACCCAAAUCUUUGGGGAACAUUUCUUUGGAGGUGCUGAUGUCAUCCUGCUCACUGUGAUGGCCUAUGAGCGCUAUGUGGCCAUCUGCAAGCCCUUGCACUAUACAACCAUCAUGAAUCGGCGUGUAUGCAGCCUGCUAAUGGGAGUGGUGUGGGUGGGAGCCUUUCUUCACGCAAUCAUACAGAUCCUCUUCAUUUUCAGAUUACCCUUCUGUGGCCCUAAUGUCAUAGAUCACUUUAUGUGUGAUCUGAAUCCUUUGCUCAAUCUUGCCUGCACUGAUACCCACAUUCUAGGGCUCUUUGUUGCUGCCAACAGUGGAUUCAUCUGUGUGUUAAAUUUCCUCAUCUUGUUGGUCUCCUAUUUGGUCAUCCUGCACUCCCUAAGGACCUACAGCUUGGAGGCGAGGCGCAAGGCCCUCUCCACCUGUGUCUCCCACAUCACAGUGGUUGUCUUAUUCUUUGUGCCCUGCAUAUUUGUGUACAUGAGACCCGCAGCUACUUUAUCUAUUGACAAAGCAGUUGCUGUAUUCUACACUAUGAUAACACCCAUGUUAAAUCCUUUUAUCUAUACCCUGAGAAAUGAGCAGAUGAAAAAUAUCAUUAGGAAAUUGUGUAGUAGGGAAGCUAUUUCAAGAGACAAAUAA